UGCUGUUAGUUUUUCAGUUUUAACAGUAAAAGGAAGGGUGUGCGUCUCUCUCUGUGGUCCUACUGCCCUGAUUAUAUACAACAUUGUAAUAUUUGGCGGUGUGGAUGGAUAUUCCCGGAAGGUCAUGUACUUGAGUGCAGCAACAAAUAAUCGAGCAUCAACAGCCUACCAUUUCUUCUGUCAGGCCACUCAGAAGUAUGGUGUACCUUCAAGGGUCAGAGGUGACCAAGGAGUAGAGAACGUUGAUAUUGCCAGAUUUAUGUUCUCUACUCGUGGAACUGACAGAGGAAGCUUCAUCUCUGGUAAAAGUGUACAUAAUCAGAGGAUUGAGAGACUGUGGUGUGAUGUUCGGGUGAUUGUCACCAAUAAGUACUACAGCACACUGCGCUCUCUAGAGGUGAACGGACUCCUUGACAUAUCAGCAACUGAAGAUCUCUUCAGUGUGCACUACACAUUCCUUCCAAGACUCCAAGGAGACCUGGACAUUUUUGCUGAAGCCUGGAACAAUCAUCCUCUCCGAACUGAAGGCAAUCACAGUCCGGAGCAGCUGUGGCGAAUUGGCAUGUUGCACACAACCAUACACCAGCCAGAGGACAUUCAAGAGCCAGAUGUAGACUGGGACAUGGCAGCUCUUUAUGGUGAAGAAGAUGCUGAUGUGGGGGUAAUUGUUCCAGAGUUCAACUGUCCAUUACCUCAAAAGGAUAUGAGGGAGCUCCAAUCCUUGAUUGAUGCAACUGACACCAACAUUCCUGUAACAGAACAGUACAUGCUGUGUCGUGAGUUUGUGUCAGGACAUUGUGCACAGUGAAAGUCAUAGCUGUAUGCGUUCACUGGUUGAGUUUUUAUUGCUGGCACCAUGUCACAACAGCAGAGACAGUAAAAAUGUUUAAUUUAAUUUUUGUUUUUGAAUCAAAAACAG